AUGGGUAAUUCAUAAUAAUCACCUAAAUAUAGAAAUUAAAACAAGUAUCUAGUUGGUAUUCAUUUAUAAUUAUCAUCAGAUAUCUUGCCUUAAAAAUAACUAAUAGAGGACACUCUUAAUGAAAGCUCUAUUUUCAUAGAUGAAGAAAAACGAUCUCCUGAUAUUGAAGAACUUAAUCUUACUACAAGAGGCCAAACAAGGAAGACAUCUGAAAUACUGGAAUUGGAUUAAGGAAAAACUAGAAGUAAGAUAAUUCAAACUAAUAUCCUAAAGGAAUUAAUAUAAAUUUAUAUGAGAAAGAAUUGCCAUAAACUUGUGAACUAUUGAAUUAAAUACCUUUGAUUAAAGGAGAAAAGGCAAGAUAGUUAUUAAGUUCAUAUGAAUCUCCGUCUGGUCACAAAGCAUAAGCAUUAGGCAGUUAACCAAUAAUUUAAUUUCUUAAGGGCAAUGAAAGACUUACUUAUUAAGGCUAAUGGUUAAGAUAAUAAAGAGAUGGAUUUGGAUUGUGUUUUUAUUAAAAUGGAUCAAUAUUUGUGGGAAGUUGGAUUAAUGAUCUAAAGGAUGGUCAUGGAAGAAUGAUUUAUUAGAAUAAUGAUAAUUACACUGGAUAUUGGAUGUAAGGAAAGUAUCAUGGAUUUGGAACUUUUAUUAGUUCUGAAUUAUUUUAUGAAGGAAAUUGGGAAAACGGAGAAAAAGUAUUUUUAGUAUUUUAACAUAGGAUGGUUAAGGUUUAGAGAUUAGAGUGAAUAAAUCUAAAUAUUAAGGGAUGUUUAAAAAGGGGAAGAAAAAUGGAUUUGGAAUAAUCAAAUAUAUUGAUAAUUAAUUAUAUAAAGGGGAAUUUGUAGAUGGAUAAUAUGAAGGAUAAGGAGAAUAUCAUUGGAAUGAUGGGAGUUAUUAUAUUGGAGAAUGGAAAUGUAAUAAGAUGGAUGGAAUAGGAACAUUUACUAAUAAAACCAAUGAUGUUUAUAAAGGUAUAAUCUUGUAUCUAUAUAAUAGGAUCUUUUGUGGAUGAUAAAAAAAAUGGAAUAGGGAUGUAUAAAUGGAGUAAUGGAACAAUCUUAAAAGGAAUAUGGAUUAAUGGAUAAUUAGAAGGCUAAGCAACAAUAACUAAGCCAACUGGUGAAUCUAUUAUUAUAAAUUAUAAAAAUGGAUAAAAGGUUGCAUGA